AAUGUGUUUAAAAACAGCGGUAAAAGGUUGAUUUAAACCCGGGUCGCAUAUUCAGCCUCGUUGUUUGUUUUGGUUGAGUAAUAUAAGCACGGCUGCUUCUGAAUUCAGGCUUUCUGAAACAAUAGUAGCGUUUCCUCUUUAGUCGCUGUGAUGUUAUCGGGAGAGGACGGCGCACAGCUUCAGUGCACUGUGACGGUGGAGCAGCUCAACAGCUCCGGACAGGCGACCCGGAGGCAGGUCAUCCGCAAAGCCUCAGUUAUUCUGGGCCGGAAUGAGUUUCAGGAGAUCGUCCUGCGAGUCCACGACGGCAAAGUGCCGCAAAGCUACCAUCUGAAAGAGUUCAAACUUUUCACCAAGUUUGCCAGAGAUGGGAAGUGCACCGUGAAACUGGUCCCUGAAAACAUCCAGGUCCUCAUGUCAAACUGUCCGACUGACCAGCUCAGCCUCUUUCUCAAAACCCUGAGCAUCAAACACCAGGCCUGGCAGGGCAGCAAGGCUCUGAGCAACCGAGAGAAGCUCAAGGCUGGCCUGCCCCGCAGCUUCGAGGCCAUCAGCCCCCUGCAGCAAAAAGACAUCCAGAAAGUCAAUGAGCUGAGAAGUAAAGUGGCUCCUAACGGACUGACAGACCGCACUAAUAGGAUGACAGCUGCAGGUACAGGACAGCAGGUCAAACGCUCCAGGAGUGACUGUAACUUCAGCCCAGUAAAGGCCAACCCGAGUAAGAAGCCCAUCCUCUCUUUACCAUCACGCAAGCUUAACAAAGAGCAGGCUGCUGUUCUCAGUGCAGUGCUGAGUGGCAAGAAUGUCUUUUUCACCGGAAGUGCAGGUACAGGAAAGUCCUUCUUGCUCAAGAGAAUCAUGGGAUCUCUCCCACCAAAGAGCACUUUUGCCACAGCCAGCACGGGAGUGGCUGCGUGUCACAUCGGAGGAACAACGUUACACAGCUUUGCUGGUAUUGGCUCAGGCUCUGCCCCACUGGAGCAGUGCAUCGAGCUGGCUCAGAGGCCCGGGGUGCUUCAGCACUGGACUAGCUGUCGACACCUCAUCAUUGAUGAGAUUUCCAUGGUGGAGGCUCAGUUCUUUGACAAGCUUGAGGCGGUAGCUAGGUCGGUGAGGAGGUCUACCGAGCCAUUUGGAGGGAUCCAGCUGAUCGUAUGUGGUGACUUUCUUCAGCUGCCUCCAGUUUCUAAAGGAAAAGAAAAAGCCAGCUUCUGCUUUCAGGCCAGGAGUUGGCAUAAGGUGAUCCAGAUCAAUAUGGAGUUAACGGAAGUACGGAGGCAAACAGACCAGAGCUUCAUCUCCCUCCUGCAGGCAGUGAGGGUGGGGAGGGUGACAGAGGAAGUCACAGCCAAGCUGAUGAAAAGCGCCUACCAUCAGAUUGAAAGGGACGGUAUUCUAGCGACCAGGCUGUGCACACACAAAGAUGACGUGGACCUCACCAACGAGAACAAACUCCAGCAGUUACCAGGGUCAGCGCGUCUGUUUGAGGCACUAGACAGCGACCCAGUGCUGGUCAAGACUAUAGACGCUCACAGUCCUGUCGGGAGGCUGAUCCAACUCAAAGUGGGAGCUCAGGUCAUGCUGACAAAGAACUUGGAUGUUGCUCGAGGUCUGGUGAAUGGAGCACGAGGCGUCGUGGUUGGUUUUGAGUCUGGAAAACACGGACUCCCACGUGUGCGUUUCCUGUGCGGCGUCACAGAGGUGCUGAAGCCAGAGCGCUGGGUGUUUAAGUCUGGUGGUGGGAUCCACCUGAGCCGACAGCAGCUGCCACUCAAAUUGGCCUGGGCCAUCUCCAUCCACAAGAGCCAGGGAAUGACGCUGGACUGUGUGGAAAUCUCUUUAGCUCGUGUGUUUGAGAGCGGCCAGGCUUACGUGGCCCUGUCUCGGGCUCGGAACCUCGAGGGUCUAAGGGUCAUGGACUUUGACCCCCGCGUGGUCCGGGCAGACCCAGAUGUCCUCCUCUUCUACAGAAAACUGAGGAAGGAGAGGUUGCUCAUGCAGGCCUCCAUGGAAGACUUUGUUAGCAACAAUAAAGAAAAUGCAUGGUGAGGCUGGCUCUAAAUCCACUCUAAUGAUAUGCACUAUGUGCAUGAGUUAUUGAGCUAUUUCACCAUUUAACCUUAUUUUCUUGAGACUUCAAUCUACCAUCUCUACUUGGAGUCACACUGCCACCAUCUGCUCACUGUACUUUUUUUUUUCAGAGCUUAUUUUUUUAAAUUAUUUUUUGCAUGUAUUCAAAUAAAAUUUUAGCCAAAUUAUUUGCGUGAAGUAUUUUAUCAGUCAUUAAUAUUUAAGGGAGGAAAAACACUGAAUUCAAACAAUGACGCUCCUUGGCUUUACAGGUCUCAAGGAGAAAAUAAAAUCUAUUGCUGCCUUUAGUCACUGAGUGGCAGCAUCCACUCCUUACAUUUUCCCACCCGUUUUGGGAUGAACUAAGGGAAUUAACAGUGUCUGUGUUAAAGCUGUGGGGAGAAAAAAAAUGCUCUGAGCCAAUUAACUUUUACCUCAACUGCUUUUCAAAACUUCCAAACGUGGGACGAGUGUUCCUGUGCAUGCGCCAUUAAAUAGAAAUGCCGUCAACCAGAGACCAAUUUUGUGUUACCGUAAACAUCAGUGAGAGCAUUUAGCGUUGGUGGCUGGAUAAAACUAAUUAAACCAUCAGUCAUGGAGCCCACGUCUGAGGAUGCAGACGCUUUGAAAAGAAGCAGCUGAGACUAAGUGGAAUCCAAAGACAACCUUUAUUUUCUGGUCAGCAGAGUGAAGUUAUGACCAAACCUGAGCCGGUUUCCAUUACUGUAGCAGCAUACUUUAACAUUCCACCUCAUCACAUUUUCAUUACAGCCAAUCCCUUCUUGAUACGAAUUUUUAGAGUGCAUGCUCCAAUAUGUUAUUAGCAGUAUCGACAUCAAGAGUCACUAUCAGCUAUAUUAGUAUGCACUGCAUACAAACAGGUGUCAGGAA